AUGCGCUUUCGCGCAAACAUCGAGCAUCCAGGCAGUAGAGAAAUUCAGAAGCGCUGCAUCAUCAAGUUUAGCGGGAACGAGAUGCACAUCAUCUGCAACACUGAGGCGGGCGAGGGCGGCGUCCAAGUGUGGUCGCAGAUCAAGGUCACCUCCCUGUUCACAGACUACCGCAUACAGUCGAACGCGAACAACGAGAUCUAUUUGUCGCUCUCCACGGAGGCAAUGACGGCCGCGCUCAGGUCAGCAGCGGCACCGUCGGGUCAGCAGGCUGCGCUUGCGGCAGAUGCGGAGGUGGUUAUGAAGUGCGCUUGCGAAGAGGACGAGGUUGCGGUCCUGACGUUCGAGAUCGCGACGACGACACGGAUGGGCCGGUACGUCCGGAUUGCGCACGACGAGCCGAUGUGCCCUGAGCCUGAGCUGCGCGCCGUCGUGGAACGUAAUCGGUAUCCGGCCAACUUGUCGGGAUGCUUGCAGCUGUGCGCCCAGACCGACAGCUCGCGCGUAGACGUAUCGUGGAACGGGCUGUCUAACCCAGAAUGGCACACAGGAUCCGGACAACUCGGACGCGCGCGACCCACGACGCUGUACGGCGUCCUCGUGUCUCUCAGGAGCCUCAGAACGCCACCGUUGCUCACGCACCAUGUGUCCGUAGGCAUAUGCCAGAACCACUGCAUCAUACUGUAUGUGUACAUCGGCGAGAUGGCGGAGGCAGGUGGCAUUCUGACGUUCUACAUCCCGGCUAUUAUCGAGUGACCCCGCCGCCUCCGCGCGUUUCUUGUCCUCCGCGUUUCGGAUCUUGAGUGAUCAUCCACCGUCUGUUUCUGUUGUUGGUGCUCGCCCCAUCGUGAUAUCCGCCUGCUGUAUCUAUAGCUUCCUCUCGCUGCUGUGGGCGCGCUCGCCGUUGUACUGCUUCAUCCGUUAUCGCAUCUCA